AUGAAGCAGCGCUUCGCGCGGAUGCCGUACAUGUUCUACAAGACGGUCACGGCGUCCGACACCAACACGCACGAUGGCUUCUCCGUGCCGCGCCACACCGCCGAGGACUGCCUCCCACAACAACACCACUGGUUGGUGCAUUCGAGAAAGAAAGCUCCACCUUUUUACGCCAAAAGACUUGAUCUUUCCUGGGUUUGUUCACUGAUGAAUCCGUUGGUUUCGAGCUCGCACGAUUACAGUCAGCAGCGGUCGUCGCAGGAGCUUGUUGCGAAGGAUUUGCACGCGCUCGCCCUCGGCCGCUGCCGCCUUCUUCCCCACCGUCGGCGCCACGCACUCGGUCUCCGGCCCGCCGCCGUUUCUAAGUACUGGAACUUCUCAUCACGCGCCGGAUCUGGGCAGCACAGCACUCCGGGUGCCGCCGUGAGCCGUCGUGCGCCGGCGCCUGCACGACCUCGUCGUCACACGCUUACGGCCAUCGGCGCCGCAGCCUCCCGCAGCUCGUCUUCGGCCGUCGUCGCCACGCGCGUCCAGCCGCCGGCCAACGCGGCCUCGCCCUCACGCGUCGGGUGCCGCCGUGAGUCAUCGUGCGCCGGCGCCCGCGUGACCUCGCCGUCACGCGCCUACGGCCGUCGGCGCCGUAGCCUCCCGCAGCUCGUCUUCGGCCGUCGUCGCCACGCGUGUCCAGCCGCCGGCCAACGCAGCCUCGCCCUCGCGCGCCUCCGGCCAGCGCGGCUUCACCCCGCGCGCCUCCGUCCACCGUCGCCAUUCGCAGAUCUGGGCGAAGCCAGAUCUGGCCACUCCACUGCGCCUCCAUACGCCUUUAUUCCAAGGUGGAGAGAGAAAGGAGCCCCGCCGCCGCCGUCAUCGCAGUCGCACGGUUUCCGGCAGCCUGCUCGAGCGACGGCGAGGCAGCAGCAGGUUGGGCGAGCUCCUCGGUCGCACGCGUCGCCGCCCGAGCCGCCUCUCAGAGACAACGCGGGCGUUACGUACACCAAGAUGAACUUGAAGUGAUUGGGAGAAAACUCUGCUGAUUAAACUCACAGCAUAAGUUGAGAGCAAUGGAUCAGACAGUUAUU